AUGUAUGGCUACUUUAUAGUCUACUACAUUUCAGAUACAAAUACUGUACUUUACUCAGGCCUCUGCGAACAAGACAGGAAGCACAGCCAUGACCGCAUUGGAGAGUUCAUCCCACAGUGUGAUGGUAACGGGAACUUCCUCCCGCAGCAGUGCUCUGGGUCCACCGGGUACUGCUGGUGCGUCAAUAUCAUAACGGGGAAAGAGAUACCGAACACGAGGACACCGCCAGGCGUCACACCUGUUCAGUGUGGCCUCUGCGAACAAGAGAGGAAGGACAGCCAUGACCGCAUUGGAGAGUUCGUCCCACAGUGUGACGUCAACGGGAACUUCCUCCCGCAGCAGUGCUCUGGGUCCACCGGGUACUGCUGGUGCGUCAAUAUCAUCACAGGGGAAGAGAUACCGAACACAAGGACACCGCCGGGCGUCACACCUGUUCAGUGUGGCCUCUGCCAGGAACAGAGAAAGAAUAGCCCCAGAGUGCCUGGACAUUUUGUCCCGAAGUGUGACGCAAACGGGAACUUCCUCCCCCAGCAGUGCUCUGGGUCCACCGGGUACUGCUGGUGCGUCAAUGUCAUCACUGGGGUAGAGAUACCAAACACGAGGACACCGCCGGGCGUCACACGUGUUCAGUGUGACGAGAACUCCUGCCCGGAGGAUUGGUCCCGCCUUGGAAAUCGAUGUUUCGCCUUCAUCGACAGCCCGAAGACUUGGUCUGAAGCGGAGGAUUACUGCCUGUUUGAAGGAGGCAACCUGGCGUCGGUCCACAGUAAUGAGGAGAAUAACUUCAUCCAGAUUUUGACCAAAGAAGACACCCAUGAAUUCCCCCUAACCUGGAUCGGUGGCAACGAUUGCAUUCAGUCCGGUUUUUGGAUGUGGACUGACGGCACCAAGUUUAACUACAAAAACUGGUCCAAGCGCUACAACGUGCAAGACAAAAGGAGAACAAUGCACUGUCUGGAGAUGAAUUAUGGAUAUCGCAAGAAGUGGAACGCCGCCUCCUGCAAUGACACUCUCCCUUUUGUUUGUGCCAAGGAGAUCUGACACAUCUGAGGAGACCCGACGAGCCAGAUCUAACAGUCGGAGUAACAUAACCUCACUAUGAUAUGACGCUGUGGGAUGCAGAUCCAUUUACAGGUCCCAAAAACUCUUUGAUUUCUUUCUAGUUAGGGAAGUUUAGCACGAUACACUAUCAAUCCUGUGCCAUGAUGGUUGUUUAAUACACAUUGUGUUCAUGAUAUUAGUGUAUCUUGUGUAAAGCACAAAUUAGUCCCAGCUGACUUGAAGAGGAGGCUCUUCUGUCUGUGUGAGGGAGAUGACAAGAAGUGCAGUUUUGGAAAUUUGUUCUGCGUUUGAACGAGGAUGAAGUAAGAGUGAUGUGAGUGAGCGAAUCAGGGAAGUUAGAAUGGCUGUCAGUGAGCGGAGGAGUCUUUUCUUUAAGAAAAAGCUGAGAUAGGGAUAUUAAUCAAUGAUAUGCAUUAAAAAAAACUCACUUGGGCCUGGCUCCGUUCCGAAAUAAUAUGAUCAAUGACACAGUAAUGUAACGUAAAGUGUCUUCCACUUGUCAGACCAACAAUUAAGUACUGUACUAAGCCAAUAUAAUUAAAAAGUAAUAUAAUCAGAUGGAAAUCUGUUCACAUGGGGAAACCAAAGACUUUUGAACACCUGUUUCUUUAACAUGUAUAUAAGAAACUAACAAUAAAAGAUCAUUGUCACAAAGACCUAGGCACAAUUAAGGAAGGGGAGUGAAGAUGGGGAUUAAGGAUUGAAAUGGUUAAAAGCCAAUUUUAGAUGUAGGAAACAUGAUAUAAGUGUGUGUAAAUGUGUCCAACUAACACCGGCCAAAAUGGUGUAUAAAAACUUACAUUCAGCUGUCUAUCCCUGUAGUCUGUUGAUGUGUCCGGAACAGCUCGGUUUACUUGUAAACAUGUAAUUUUUUCAAAUAAAUCUGCCUUAAGUGAA